GUUUAACUUGAACCUUGAUUCUGCCAAGAUGGCGGAGGCUUGUGAAAAGCAUUAUAAAAUCCUUUUUGAUAUUCAGCCAUUAUGAGGAGAAAUUGCUCGAGAAGCUUGGCAACGGCGCUAUUAGUGCACUAGUCCAUCAGGCCUGGAUUUGUAACACGGUGUCGGCAGAAAAGACGCUUGUAGUUUUAAUAACAUAACCUUCUAAUGUAACUUUCCGUUUUACUAUUAAAAAUGAAAAGAACAAAGUGUAUUGUGCGAAAUUGUGAAAGUGGCCCGGACUCCGAAGUUACCUUUUUUCCUCUACCGAAAGAGGCUGUUUUGAGACGACGGUGGUUGGAAGCAGCCAAUCUAUCUGAAACCGAUGUUAAUAAACGAUCUAAAGUAUGUUCCAAACAUUUCAAGAAAGGGGACUUUGCAAAGUCUGCCAAGAAUUCGGACCCGGCUAAAAGGAUAAGUGAACUACAACCAGAGGCGGUUCCAUCGAUAAAUUUGCCCCUUAAGUCCACGUUCAAAAUAAAGAUAUCGAAGAAAGACAACAACAAGGAAUUAAAAGUUGAAGAAGUUAAGGUUAAAGAAGAAAAAGAUAAGGUGAAAAUGCCUAAAAAGGCACCAGCCCAGUAUGCUCCCAAAGUGGAGGUAAUGCCUGCACCAAGGACUCAUGCUCGGAGGGCUGCUAGUAAAGAAGCUUUGAAACAGAUGCAGUUACUAUUGGAUGAUGAAGAUGAUGCUGUAGAAAUUCCUGAUGAAGAUGUAUGUAUUCAUAUACAACUUAUAGAACCAUCUCCGCCUCCCCCACCAAAAAAGAAAUACAAAAUCAGCCAUCGGAAGUCAGCUGAUGGAAAUGCCGAUCGAGAGGUGUUGGUGCUGAAAACAAUAACGAACCGCAACGCCGAAAACACGUUAGAACUGGACUGUUGGGUGGAACAACUAGAUGAAGUUCAGCAGAACAGAUUAAAGAAGAGGCAGGCUGAAGAGAAAGAAAUUGAGCAGAAACUGAAGCAGCUGUUAAACAGCCCGCAUGCUAAAGUUGUACACAAAGGGGAUCUGUCGACGAUCGUUGAAAUUACGGAGACGCGGCAGCUAAACCACCUCCUCCACCACCCGUAAUUCUAAAUAACACUACGGGGUCUCCAUAUCAGCUUGUGAUGGAUCCCAGACUGGGACUUGUUCUGGGAACUGUGGCCACCCCUGGCGUGGGUGCUAUUUCUCCUGCUACUCCACCUGCACCCAAGUCAUUACAUGGAAAAGUAACGAUUGCUCAGAAUCUGACGGAGCCCAAGUCUCUUCCUUCGACGCCGAACAUCCAGUCGGUGGCGGGCAGAACUAUGCGCACCCGGCGCGGAGGCAAGGGAGGAGCUGGGACACCGCCUCCAACACCUCCGGCGCCUGUCAGGCAGGUAGUGCAGAACAAGCCGCCCCAGGUUACGCCUACCAGGUCCACCAGAAUGCAAGUGCAACAACCAGUGGUGCCGACCCCACCGUCCAGACCGCAAAGGGGACAGGCAGCCGCAGCAGCGAGCUACGCGAAUGCCCGACCUUCAGAAAACAACGUAGAAGGAGGUUUGAUGACCGGCACUAACACUACGCCAGGAAAGAAGACCAGAGGAAACGUGGUAGUCGAUUUGACGGCAGAAGACGGUCGCGCCAAUGCACCGGACAGCAGAGAGAUAUCGUUCAACAAGCUACAGGGCAAAACGUACCCUUCGCUGGUGGUGGUAGCUAGGCCACAUCUUAGGGCUACCGUAGAUAUGCAGGCUGAAAGACCAAAAUUGGAUGCCAAGGUUAAGAGUGUACUCAUGCAUCCGCCUACUAAAUUCACAGAAUGGUUGAUCCAACAAGGCCUAGUGAAAUCUGAACAGAAAUGUUCUGUACACACGAAUAACCAGUUGAAGUUAGGCAUGUACAGUGACGUAUCGAAAUUUCCGUACUCCGGAGGUUACGUGUGGAUUUCAGAAUGUUGUCCACAACGUUUUGUCUCCGUCUUCAGCGGGUCCUUGUUUGAAGGAUCCCCUCAUCCGCCUAUGGUCAUACUGAAGUUACUCUACCAUUGGUCAUGUCAAACCAACAUUCAAAAUGUUACACAAUGGGUGAAAGUAGACAACCUGUACGUUAAAGGAAUGUACACGUGGCUACGUGCGGUAUGCACAGUUGGGCUACAGAGCCAUUUAAGAAAAAUUGGGGGACCUGGAAUCAAGGUAGAAAUCGGUGUGAUUUCAUUGGGUACCACGUCACAAGACGGAAACCAACGACAGGUCAAAGUUGAAGUUCUGGGUGUGUUAGAGACGGCUACUAAAUUGAUCAGGUUGAGAGCAGUAGAACCGCAAGUAGACGGCGACCGAAACUACAAAAAACGUUUUUCGAAGAUCCUGGAACCCGUAUUCCAAUGGGUGCAUCCUCAGAGCAUCCUUGUCGCUGAUCUCACCGUGGACAAACAGACUCUGCACAACAUGGGCUUCCAGAACGUGGUGCAGAACUCGUCCAGCGAAUAUGGUAACAAUCGGGCCAUCAUGGAUUAUCUGCGGAGGAUCGUGCCUAGAAUGUUCCAGAACACGUUGUCGCUGCUCUCCAGACAGAUUAUUCAACAGUUCCUGGAUGAGCUGGUUUGGCGUGAAUGGUAUGGCACUAAUGCUCUGCAGGCAUUUAAUCAUCUAGUCCAACACUUGUCUGAACAAACCAGGUAUG